AUGCGUAUACUUUGCUUGCACGGACGCGGCUCUAACAAUGAGAUCUUUCGUAUGCAGACAGCGGCGAUCAGAUCCGAUUUAGAAGACUUCGAAUGGGAGUUUGUCCAAGGAACCUUUAGGCACACUGAAGGUACACCCCUCAGCUCCAACGCCCUUCACAAAUCAGUUUGUACAAGACUUAACCCAUAUCUCAUGUUAAUAGGAAACUGGUCUCUCUACACCACCUCCUUUUCAAAGCUACCCCUCUAUGGCUACUACUACCCGCUUGACCCCGCCUCCGUUCUCCAAGCGGAAGAGGACCUUUUUGCCAUAAUCCGAGAGCAAGGUCCCUUUGAUGGGGUGCUCGGGUACUCUGGAGGCGCCUCCUUGGCCGCGCAGCUCAUCAUCAAGGAUCAAAUGGAGAAUCCCCUUGCCCUUCCCCAUGAACGGGCUUUUCGAUUCGGUAUCUUUAUCAACGCCGCAUCGCCGCUCAACUGCUUCUCACUUGACGACUAUGCCGAAGGCCAGCUAGUGAUUCAUGAUACUAUCAAGGGAAGCAUUGCAGAGGAAGCAGCAGAUAUUGUCAUGAGGCCUUCGGCCCUGCGCAAGAAGGCAGGUAUAGAAAAUGAAGAUCAACCUGAUGCGGAGGCUGUAAUCGCCGCAUUCGACAAGUUGAAGGGCGUUACGCUGCCCGAUGGCAGUCUGGGCUUUACGGAUGGUGAAUAUGGCAUGGUAAGAUACAACGCGGUGAGCGAGGACACGUUGAUUGACAUCCCCACCCUCCAUGUUCGGUGUCCGGCCGAGCACAGACAUCAUGGAUUGCAUCUCUAUGAAAUGUGUGAGCCUAGCACAGCUCUGGAAUAUCACCAUGGGCAUGACCAUGAUUUCCCUAGAGGCAGAACCGAGAUGAAGCGGAUAGCCGAGCUUAUCAGAGAAGUAGCAGAUAUGGCAUAG